AUGUGCGGAAUCCAUGCUUCCAUCAACACAAGCCCCGACCAGGCCCUCUCGUCAGAGCUGGAACGAUGUCUUUGUAAUAGAGGACCAGAUCACAUUGGGACUGUGAAGACACAGCUCGAUAACAGCCACGGUGAAUUAUUUCUUACCUUUACGUCCACUGUUUUAUCACUACGUGGAGAUCACGUAGCGAGACAGCCGUUUGUUGAUCCUGCCACAGGGUCUGUCCUCUGCUGGAAUGGAGAGGCUUGGGCUCUUCGAAGAGAGCCCGUGCAGGGUAACGAUGGCGAAGCUAUUCUAGCCCUGCUCGCGGAGACUAGCAAGAGCUCGGGAGACGUUAUGGAUGUUCUACGAGACAUCGAAGGACCAUUCGCAUUCAUUUAUCUGGACAAACCUGCCAAGCGGCUUUACUACGGGCGCGACCGCCUAGGUCGUCGGUCUUUGCUUGUUAAAGACGGACUUCCCUUUUCUCUAUCAAGCAUUGCUGAGACGCCGGUCGACGGAUGGACCGAGGUUGAAGCUGACGGAUGCUAUACUCUGGAUUGGAGUGCUGAUAUUUCUGCUGGACUUUUGCCAGAGCGACAUGAUUGGACUACCGAUACCUCCUUGGUGUCGAGUAUUGGUGUCUUCAAUGAUGAGAUUCCGCAACAAAGUUUUUCACUAGAGUUAAACUCUACUUCCGUGCAGGAGCUACACUCUCGCCUGACCGAGUCCCUUCGAUUACGAGUUUUGGACGUCCCACUACCCCCAAGCGCUGCAGCAACGGAUGCACGAGUCGCAGUGCUCUUCUCGGGUGGCCUCGACUGCACCGUGCUCGCGCGAUUGUGCCAUGACAUGAUCCAGGCAGAUCAAUGCAUUGACUUGAUUAAUGUGGCGUUUGAGAACCCCAGAAUAGCAGGGCAAUUUCCCGAUCUGUCGCGAGAGGAGCUCUAUGAAAAGUGCCCGGAUCGAAUGACAGGGAGAAAUGCGUUUGCAGAGCUCAGCCACGUUUGCCCCGGCAGGAUAUGGCGGUUCGUGACUGUAAACGUGCCUUAUGCCGAAAAUCUGGAGCACCGACCUGAGGUUAUUCGGCUAAUUUAUCCCCACAAUACAGAGAUGGACUUGUCGAUCGGCUGUGCCCUGUACUUUGCCGCCAGGGGACGAGGGUUUGGCCAGACGAGCACAGAAGCGACGCCGCAGCCCUAUAGCACAACAGCACGAGUGCUGCUGUCCGGCCUGGGAGCCGAUGAGCUGUUUGGCGGAUACGGUCGACACGGUGUGGCUUACACGCAUCGUGGCUACGCUGGAGUUGUGAAGGAGCUGAAGCUCGACGUGAGCCGGCUCGGAAAGAGGAAUCUCGGCCGAGACGACCGGGCCAUGUCACACUGGGGUCGAGAAGUGAGAUUCCCGUACCUUGAUGAGCGGUUCGUCAAAUGGGCGAUUGAGGCUCCGGUGUGGGAGAAGUGUGAUUUUGAGAAUGCAGGUGGUGAAGGAAUUCUGGAUGCGGAAAAAAGGGUGUUGCGACUUGUUGCGCAGUCUUUGGGGAUGAGUUCUGUUUCACGGGAGAAGAAGCGAGCUAUACAAUUUGGUGCGAGAACAGCCAAGAUGGAGAGUGGAAAGGUUAAAGGAACAACACUGCUUUCAUGA